CCUCUGCAUCAGAGCUGGGGGCUGCUCUCUAAGGGCUUCAUGUUUAGAGCAUUUUAUGUUUCAGAGACGAGGAAACAGUUACAGCCAUGACUCAGUUUUCAGAACUUCAUGAUUCUUCGUCUAAACCAUGGACUCAGCUCAGUUCCUUCACAGCUUUAGUUUUCCUUCUUCUGACACAAAACUGUUCAGGUCUUUCCCAGGUGGUCGGUCCGUCUCAGCCGGUCCUGGCAACGGUUGGUGAUGACGUUCUUUUGUCAUGUCGGCUGGAACCUGCCGUGGAUGCUUCAGACAUGUCCAUAGAGUGGUCCAGAGGAGGCCUAGACCCUUCAUAUGUCUAUGUGUGGUGGGAUAAAGAGGAACUGGAAAGUUCAAAACAUCCUGAUUAUGAAGGAAGAACGUCAUUGUUAUUUAAUAAACUGGAGUUUGGAGACGUUUCACUGAAACUCUCCAAAGUGAAACUGUCUGAUAAGGGAAAAUAUGGAUGCUUCAUUCCUACACUGGGUCGAGGAUCUACUGUUGAACUGGUUGUUGGUGAUUUCUUUAUGUCCCAGUACAGUUACACCUCGACCAUUGUUGGUUUGGCUGUUAGUUCGGCUGCAGCCGUCAUCCUGUUAAUUCUAGCAGUUGUUCUCUUUGUUCGCACAAGAAGACAAAAAAGGAAAAGGAAGACUUUGGUAAAUGAAAAGCAAGAAGAACUUGAACUACUGAAGAGAAAUCAUUCAGAAACCUACAAUCAGCUUCAGCGGGAGAAACAGAAAAAUCAGAAGGCCGACAGUGACAUGAAGUUCCUGAAGAAUCAACUGGAAGAGCUGGAGGGAAAUAAUUCAGAAACCAACAAUCAGCUCCAGGAGGAAAAACUGAAAAAUGAGAAUGCUGAGAGUGAGAUAAAGACCCUGAACACUCUUCUGGAAAAGUGGAUGAAGACUGGAAGAAAACUGAAGACACUGAUCCAGAACAAGAUCCAGGAGCUGGAUGAAAUGAACUUUGGUACCAACUCUGACCCUACUGGGAGCGAUGAGAAGAAUCAACAGGAAGAGUUAGAGAAGCUCCAGGAUGAGAAGCAGAAGUGGAUGAAGACUGUUGUAAACCUGAAGACAGAACUCCAGAACAUGAACCAGGAGCUGGAGCUGGCAGGACCCAUAACUGUAGAAAGCAUCAGUGAAUACGGCAACUACAUCCGUCUCAAGAACAUUUCCACUGAGGAGAUAAAACUGGGAGGCUGGGAGUUAGAACUACAGAUUAAGAACAGAAAACCAGACACAUACACAUUCAGUGAGUCAUUAAAACUUCAGGCUGAAGAGAUUCUCUGUAUACGGCGCCCACGCUGGUCCAGCGAACAUCCUGAUGAUGUUGAUCUGCUGUGGUCAGACAUGAAGAAAUGGAGGCCUGAAGACGAACAUCAGAUCAAACUCAUCAGCAACGAUGGAGAGAUCUUCAGACUGCUGUAAUGUGAAUAAACAUGAGAAACAUCAUUUUUGUUUCUGCGUUCAUCAAAGUGAGCCUUUGUUUUUUAUAAAUAUAAAAUUCAACAUUUUUUUAUCAUUUCUGUUUUAUUUUCUACAACUUGUUUUCAAAUGUCCAUUUUGUAUUUUUAUCUAAUUGUUAAGGAAUUGUGUGAUGUGGAGAGAAGAAUCAGGAGACAGACUCAGAGACUGUCUGAGACUCAGAUGCUGAUGCUGAGAAUAAGGUUUACUGAUAUCAGGAGAAAUGAUAGAGAGUAACACAGUGAUGAGAGCAGCGGCAGCAUCACUUCUGAGGAGUCUCUCUGGCCUUGGCUUUAUAGGUAUCCAUCCAUCCAUUUUCUUCCGCUAAUCCGGGGCCGGGUUGCGGGGGCAGCAGGCGAAGCAGGUCGUUCCAGACGUCCCUCCCCCAGUGACGCUUUCCAGCUCUUCCUGGGGGAUCCCGAGCCAUUCCCAGGCCAGACGAGAUAUAUAAUCCCUUCAGCGAGUUCUGGGUCUGCUCCAGGGUCUCCUCCCAGAUGGACGUGAUCGGAAAACCUCCAAAGGAAGUCUCCCUGGAGGCAUCCAGCUCAAACUGGCUCCUUUUGAUCCAAAGGAGCAGCGGCUCUACUCCGAGCUCCCUCCGGAUGUCUGAGCUCCUCACCCUAUGUCUGAGGUUGAGUCCAGCCACCCUACGGAGGAAGCUCAUUUCAGCCACUUGUAUCCGCUAUCUUGUUCUUUCGGUCACUACCCAAAGCUCAUGAUCAUAGGUAAGGGUUGAAAUGUAGAUGGACUGGUAAAUCGAGAGCUUCGCUUUAGGGCUCAGCUCCCUCUUCACCACAAUGGUUCGGUACGACGCCGCACCAAUCCGCCUGUCCAUCUCUUGCUCCAUUUUCCCAUCACUCGUGAACAAGAUCCCAAGAUACUUGAACUCCUUCGCUUGGGAAGCAACUCCCCCCCAACCCGGAGGGAGCAAUCAGCAGUGAGAUUUGUUUGCCAUCCCAGGCUUUGGUUUCAGCUGUGUGUAGAUGACUGUGCUUUAAUUCUGUUCAGUAUACAAGUAGUGCAAUGACUUUGCACAAAGGUGGGUAGAAAAGUCAGAUAUUUAUAAAUAUUUUGAAUGUACUCAAGUUAAAAAAAAACAACAAAGCAACAAACAAAAAAACUAAUAUGCAGAUGUAGUGGAUGGGAAAAAGGUGUCACUGAAGUGCCAGGAGCAGUAGGGAAACAUCUGGCUUAACUGGUGCACAAAAUAAGUGCUAGAGGAUGGAGUUUGAACAUAAUUUGUGUCAAAUGUGUCUUCUGAGUUAGCCAUUAGCUUAAAAUGACCACGAUGUGACAACGUCAUAGACUGUAUAUAUAAUGGACGUAGCAUCUGGCUCCAGAAUUGAAGUCCACCCGGAAGUGUCAAAAACUUGCAAUAUCACGCCGCCCGCUAGGGUUGGCUCCAAAAAGCUUUUUCUCCAUAGACCCCAAUUCAUUUUUGGAAAAAUAAAAUUUGAUAGACAGAUUUUCUACGGCUCAGGAUUUUUUUCCCGUUAGUUUUCAUGGUCAAAAUGAGAGAUCAGGUGGCCGAUCUUAAAAUAAAUCAAUACUGAAUUUUAAAUAAAUCGUUAAAGUUGGCGGAGCCAGGGGGCGUGGCUAUACUUGAUGGACAGCAACAGAAGCCUCUGCGGUAAAAUGUGGGCGAGAUAAGAGAGUCCUCAGCCAAUCCUGCCCCUAGUUGCUCUCCGGUCCAACGUGUUUGAUGACGCUUUUUACGUCACUGGCGCCAAAAAAUCCAAAACGGCGACCAGGAAGUCGCAAAAUCCGAGCUUCAUUUUCUCGGUGCUGAAACCAACGGGUGACGUCACGGUUAGUUUACGCCAGAACGUGUGGAAAUACUAUGUUUUAUGAAUCCUGUGAGAACAGCAACACAUAAAGAAACACUAACAGAACCUAAUCUAGUGGUGAAGCACCUGUUCUGCUCUUUGUUUCCUUGGUACUAGUUGUAUGUGAACGUAAAGUAGGCUUGUAUGAUUUCUGGAGCACUGUAGUGCCAACCCGGUCUCACGGGGAUUCGUGAAACUGUCACGUAAGUUUUAGUUUCGGUUUCGUGCGCACCAACACGAUUUCGUCAUGUUUUUCGUGCCGCUCACCACGAAAUGUUUUUCGCUGUGGUAAUCACAUCUGAAAGUGGUUUAUACCGGCGGAUUCAUGACGAUCUAAGCUGUCCAUCGGCGUAUACUGCUUGUGUGAUCGCGUUUGCGGCCGCCGGCCGCCGGACAUUCUUGAAAUUCCUAUGCAAAUUGGUAAGUGUAGCACCGGCUUAUGGUUAGGUUAUGGUUAGGAUUAUGGUUAGGGUUAUGUUUAGGGACGAUGUCAUGCAAAAUAUAGCGUUGGAUUCGCCGCGGUUUUACAUUAAAAAUAUAAUAUACACAUUCUUUUGAAAUACGUUCUGAGUGGCACGAAAAGUCCGCCGUUUAAAAUACAUUGGUGCGCAUUUCGUGGUGAGCGGCACGAAAAACAUGACGAAAUCGUGUUGGUGCGCACGAAACCGAAACUAAAAUUUACGUGACAGUUUCACGAAUCCUCGUGAGAUCGGGCUGGUAGUGCAGGAAUAGCAGCCGCCUCGUGAUUUUGCACUGAUGAGAUUGUCUCACAACUGUUCCAUUUUCUGUAAGAAGAACAACGUGCCAGAUGAGUUCACAGGUUAAAGUAUAGCGUACAGCAUAUUCUUCUAAAAUUCAUAGAAUGCAGCUACUGAAACAGGAUCAGCUAAUUGAUUCAAUAAACACAGUAGAUGUUCAGUACUCUAUCUCUCCCUCCCCCGAACUCUCUAAAAUAACACUUGACCUUCAGAAUCAAUACGAUUUAUUAUCAACUGAAAAACAGAACGACUGUUGCUAAAAUAUCUAGGUUAUAUCUGUGAACAUGGUGAGAAAGCUGGGCGCCUUUUGGCACAUCAAAUCAAGAGGCAUUCAGUCACGACCAAAUUCCUCAGAUAAAAAAAAACCCUCGGUGAAUUAACCAUUGAUCCCAAAGCAAUUAAGGAAACAUUUACCAUGUUUCACUCAAAUUUAUACGUCUGAAGCCCUAAAGGACAAUACUGGCAUGGAACACUUCUUUAACAACCAACUGGCACCGUCCAUGAAUGUAGGACAUGGGAUGAGGACUGAGCUCCCACUACAAUAAACAGAAAGUGGCAAUGCUAUAGUGGCAAUGCAAAGUGGUAAGACACCUGGCCCAGAUGACUACCCAGUUGAAUUCUUCAAAAAAUUUGCUAAUAAAUUGUCAACAGUUUUGCUUGAUGUGUUUAAUAACUCACUGUCUGGUGGGUCUCUGCCUCAAACAUUGUCAGAAGUAAUAUUCUUCUCCUCAAACCUGAUCAAGAUGCAACAGAAUGUGGAUCAUAUCGACCCAUCUCUCUGUUGAACAGCGACAUGAAGAUCCUAGCUCUGCCUUACGCUUAGAAACCACAAUGCACCACGUAAUAUCUGGUGACCAAACGGGUUUCAUUUUAUUUAGUAUUUUUAUCUUCUAUUGUUCUUGUUAUUCUCUUUUAUUCUGUAUUUAUUUGCGUAUUUGAAUAUGUAUUGUAUUUAUUUAUAAUUAUAAUUUAUACCCUUGUGUUUCUGGUUCUUUCCUCUAUUUUUCUUUAAUUCCACUUGUUUAUUUUCUGACUUAGAUGUUUUGUUUUAUUAUUUCUCUGUUGUAUUAAUUUACUUUGAGGAUCUUUCACCAUGUUUGGAUUGACCAGCCUUCUGUAAACUGUUUUAGAAUGUGCUUUAGGAAUAAAGUCAGAUUAUUACA